UGUAUAUAUAUCACUGUCAUGUGAUUUUUGUUGUAUUUCUCGAAUCCAUGUUUAUAUAAUUGCUUCGAAUUUCCAAUAUUGAGAUACGUACCGAUUUAAGUUACCUCAUUCAAUAUUUGAAGUUGUUAAGAACGAGCCUACUGAAUAAGUAUACUUUUAUUUUAUUUCGUAAUUCAGAAGUUUAAUUAUGCUUUAUUAGAAUAACGUAAACUAUUCAUGCCAUCAUGGAUUCUCCCAAUGAAUGCGAUAUUCAAAUCUGGGAUAUGACAUCACAUAUUCUGAAAGAUUUGUUGAAAAAUGUACCUGCUGUUCUUUAUUCUUCAUUGGGUGUCAGCAUCGCAUCUGUAAUUCUGGAAAUUAAUGGCAAGAAACAGAUUGUAGCAAUUGGUACAGGAAACUCUUGUCUAUCACAAAAUCAGCAGAGUACAUUGCAACAUAAUUUGAUUUUCGAUUCUCAUUCUGUGACAAUUGUUAGGAGAGCAUUAAAAGUGUUUCUCUUUGAGGAAGUUCAUAAAUUCCAUAAUGAACAGCUUUCAGAAAAUUGCAUUUUCACAAAAUCGAAGAAACAUGAUCUGCUUCAUUUGAAAGAAAAUGUAAAAUUUCAUAUUUUCAUGUCCCGGUCACCAGAUAUUCUUCUGGUGAAGAAAACUGGACUACAUGUUUAUUCUGAAGGAGGUGAUACAUUCAUGUCAACUUCCGUCGCGAAAAAAUACAUGAUGAUUUGCAAGAAUAGAAACGUUGUGAUGACUGAUGACAGUAAAUUGCUUCAGUGGUCUGUUAUUGGGUGGCAAGGCGCUUUGUUGUCACAUUUCAUUGCACCAAUUUACAUGAGCUCUUGCACCGUGGGAUAUCAUUCAAAACGACAUGUUCCUAAUAUUUCUACAUGUUUUGCUAUGGCUGAUGACAGUAUAAAUCAAGAUUUACCUGAAGGGUUUCGUUACUUCGAACCAGAAACUCGCAAAUUUCUAAUGAAGGAGUAUAAUGAUCAGAUACCUUUUGAGACCAGAACGUUGAGUGUGAAUUGGUAUGAUAAACAGGAAAAUGUAGAAAUUAUAGAAGGAUCUAGUGGUGAAAUAUCAUUUUGCUCACCACACAAAUGCAUUUCUGAAAGAAGUAGGCUAUGUAAAGCAUCAUUGUUUCAAAUAUUUCGUAAUGUGGCUGAGAAGAUGGGAAGAUUUGACCUUCUUCAAGAAAGGACCUAUAGGAAUUCAAAGAUUGCCAGCAGCAGUUACAUGCAGAGUAAAACACUCCUUCAUCAUUAUUUUUCUGCGAAUGGAAUGGGAACUUGGAUUAAUAGAUCUGAAGAUAUUGAUAAAUUUACUUAAUCAGCUUUGUGACUUGCUCUAUGUUGUUGGGCAAAGUCGAAAGUUGAGCUGUUGCAGUUUUUUUGCGAUAUGCUGGUUUGCUGAGUUUUCAUAAUCAUAACUCGAUAGUGCAAUGCUAAAACUCUUAAAGGUACGGCUGGAUUAUUUUCAAUCAUACUUUUUUACACAGCGAAAAUACACUGUACACAGAUUGUAAUGCAUUUCUUUUUAUUCUGGGUACCGGUAUUGGGACAAAAUUUACAUUGAUAUUGAUAUAUUUCAACAUUUUUUCAAUUUCUUCACUGUGGUUUCUUUCAAUAAAUUU